UUUCCGCGAACCACCCCAAAAUGAGCACAUUCGAGUCGAGAGGGUGGCACAAGUGCAAGUGAACAGUCUGUGUUUGUAGUGAAAUAUACCAUUUUCUUCGCGCGAAGAAGAGCAAAUUGGCCCAAGAAAUAUAGUGCAAAGAAUGUCGCGAGAGUCGCAGAGUGUGAUCACAAGUCAUUGCGGUGCAAUUGUGACGAGAGAGUGGUGAAAAUGUGUGAAUAAUGCACCCGCUGACGGGCAGAAUGACAGCGUCUUCGGAAUCCUGCAACGGCGACUUCCCCAAAAUGGAGGAGGCUCCCACAAAGGACAGCCUCAACAUUCGUGAGGACACGCAGCGCCAGGAAAAUCACUCGAGAAGGAUGAUGUGCAUCCAGGAGGAGCUGGGCCAGAUGGGCAUCACGGACCAGAACGACCUGCCCUACAAGCCGGGCCUGGAGCACGACACGACUGUGGGCGGCUGUGGCGGCAUGGGCGGCAGCAGGAGUCCCUGGAUGCCGGGCGGGAGCGGCUUCGGCGGGAAGCCCAUCGGCUGGAUGGACGGCUUCCUGGGCUGCAUGCGGCCGGUGCUGUCGCUCAUCGGUAAGGCCACGGUGGACAUGAAGGGCAAGCAGACGGAGGAGUGGGAAAUCCCCUUCGAGGACAUCAGCGACCUGGAGUUCCUGGGCUCCGGCGCCCAAGGAUCCGUGUUCAGCGGCAAGUGGCGAAACGAGAUUGUCGCCGUGAAGAAGGUGCACGACAUCCUCGAUACGGACAUCAAGCAUUUGAGAAAGCUCGACCAUGAGAACAUCAUCAAAUUCAAGGGAGUUUGCACGUCGGCGCCAGCGUACUGUAUUAUAAUGGAGUUUUGCCCGUACGGAACGCUGCAGAACAUACUGAAGGACGAGGAAGUCGUCCCGCCGGCCAGACUCGUUUCGUGGGCCAAGCAAAUCGCGCUCGGCAUGCAAUAUCUGCACUCGCACAAAAUAAUCCACAGAGACCUGAAGAGUCCCAACAUUCUCAUUGGUGACAACGAAGUGGUGAAGAUCAGCGACUUCGGCACGUGUCGAGAGUGGAAUGAGAUCAGUACAAAGAUGAGCUUCGCCGGAACGGUGGCCUGGAUGGCGCCGGAGGUGAUCAAGAGCGAGCCGUGCUCAGAGAAAGUGGACAUCUGGUCGUACGGAAUCGUGCUGUGGGAGCUGCUGACCUGCGAGAUUCCCUACAAGGAUGUGGACUCGUCGGCCAUCAUCUGGGGCGUCGGCAGCAACCAGCUGCACCUGCCCAUUCCCGAGACCUGUCCGGAGGGCUUCGGCCUGCUGCUGAAGCAGUGCUGGUGCCUGAAGCCGCGCAAUCGGCCCUCCUUCCGCAUCAUCCUCACACACCUCGAGAUCGCCGGCAAUGAACUGAUGAAGCAGAGCGACGAGGAGUACUUCAAGUCGCAACAGAAGUGGCGCCAGGAGAUCCAGACGCACAUGAUUGCCAACAGUGCGAACGCGCAGAAGUUCGAGCAGGACCUGAUUAAGAAGCGUGAGGAGGAGCUGCGGCACAUCCAGGCCAUCCGGAUGGUGUACGAGCGGCGGCUGGACAAGACCAACAGGAUGUUCCAGGAGGUCAACAUGAUCAUGCAUAAUCUGGCACAUCGCGAGCGCCAACUGCACGAGCGCGAGAAGACGCUGAGUGGGUGCAAGAAGAAGGUCGGGAAUCCACUAAGGAAGGUGCACGAUAAGUUCUCGCGCAAGAAGUUCAUGAGUCUUUGUCCCACGGAUGCGCCCUAUGAUCACACGAGUCCGGUGCGGGCGAAUCUGUACACGCAGCUGGAUGGCGCGAACCAGCCAAAGUCCGUGGCUGUGAUGCCCAACAAGUCGCACAAGAAGAUGCGCCACCGCCGCGUGGGAUCCGGCACGAUUGCGUCGCCCAAGUCCAGUCCCAACCGCGACCGGCGGUACCAGAGCGAGCCGGACACACGGUUCGUGCGCCUGGUGGACACGGAGACGCAGACAGACGCGAUGGACAUCAGCGAGACGGAUGGCAGCCCCAGUCCCUUCUUGUCUAUGCGCGAGGAGCUGCAGCGGCCGCGGCAUGUGGCCGCCGUGGCUCCGCUGCAGGCGGCCAAGGGCGAGCUCACCAGUCCCAAUGGGAACUCCAUGAGCACAAGUGAUAUCACGUACCAGGACGCGUGCUCGAGUCCCGAUCUCCUGGACGACGCGAUGAACAGCAACGAGCGCCUGGAGAUCCGCGAGUGCAGCGACGACGACCACCUGGAGAUGCUGGGCAGGAAGGUGACGCAGCUGAUCACGGGCGAGAACGGCAACCUGAAUGCGUUCAUCGAGAAGCGGGGCUUCAUCAGCGUGUCCUCGGACAGCGGCGAGGUGACGGUGUUCAGGCCGAAGGCGGCCGGCGCCAAGGAUCUCAACAACGGCGACUCACGCGACGAACGCAGCAACGACAGCUGGACUGAUGAGGAGGGCGAGGAGCCGUCCGACUACAAUUAUUCACUGCGCAGGAAGAGUGUGGCGCGUCUGCCGAUAAGAAUCGGGCUGAGAUCUCGUCGCUACAAGUAUCCCACGCUGAGUCCCACCGCCGCGGUGACGGUGAACCCCAUCAGCGUCCCCACCGCCAUCUCGGACGAGGGAAACACCUCCGAGUGCACGCCGCCGCCGUCGAGUCAGCACUCGACGCUGGACAGCAACGCUGAGGCGCCCAAGGCGGCGCCCCGGGGUGUCAAGCGCGAGCUCAAGGCGCGCAGCAGAAGCAGCAGCAGCAGCUCCUGCUCCUCCGACAGCGAAUCCGACGCCGACGAGGCCGAGCGCGUGGUGAGGAUCGCGCAGGCGACGCAAGUGUAGAGCGCUUCGCAUGCUUCAGCAAAAUCUUGUGUGUUCAGGCAACUCGCGAAUGACUGAUGAAAAUCUCUCCCCUUAUGGAAAUAUAUAGCUAAACGGGUUUAGCUUCAAUCUCCUCCACUAAAACUUUACAAUAUUGUCCUAACGCGAAUGCUGUGCAAUUUGACACUCUUUUCCCCUCCCCUUCUUUUGCACUCUUCAUCCCGUGAGAAGGAAUGACUUCUCUUCCCAAAAAAAAUGUAAAUUAAUUUAUAAAUGUGCCCUUCUCCAGAACUCUGUCCCUUCUUCGUAUCCCUCCAAGAAAAAGAAAAAAAGUGUAUAGAACGAGUUUAGAAGAGAGUAACAUAAGCGUAAAUUUAAGAUUACUAGAGUAAAUAUUAUUCCUAACAUAACAAUUAUAAAAAUUCUCCAAAAUGAAAAGAGAUUCGUGUAAAGAAAUUAAAUUCCUAGUUUUUUUUCUCCUUUUUCUAAGAGAGGAUAAUCUUCUAAUCUGUGCUUUCAGGAAACAUUUAAGGAUAACAAAAAAAAGUACCAGUGCCAUGCAAAAAUAAAGAAAAUAUAGAUAAAAUAUGUUGAGGAAAAAAAAGAGAGAAAGAUUUUGGGAAGAAAUAUGGUUUAGUGUAAAUUAUUUGGCCUAUAAAAAAUAUUUAAUUAAAUUCGACACAGUAACAAAUUGCAGAGAAACAAAAAAAAAGUAUUCAGACAACAAAAUAGUGAAGAAGAACUUUUGAAAAAAAACGGAACGUGCCUAUAAAAUAUUUCAAUUGACAAAAGAGACAUAGCAAGAUUUGUAACAAUGGUAGAAAGAAUGCCUCCUCUCUGUUGUACCUGUGUUAAAAUAGAUUUUUUCAGAAGGCAAGCAUUAAGACAAGACGAGAGAAGAGAGUAAGAAUAGGAAAAAAACACACACAUAGAAAUUACUAAAAUAUAAGACAUAAAAUGCAAAUGUCCAAUGAAAUUAUACAUUUUUGUCGUCACUAACUCAAUAUUUAGUUGAUAAGUAAAAGUGAGAAGAAGAAAAAAACAAACUACCUAUAGUACUUAGAUGUAAUUUUAAGUAAAACCAUGAAACUCUAUUUAAGACGUAGCAAAAGAAAAGAGAGAGAGAGAUGAUUAAAGUGAGAUACAUAAUAAAUUUAUGAGAUUCUAAUAAUCUUGCAGUAUUCUUUCAGGGCGCGAAGUGAGGGGAAAAUGUCUGAUGUUAUUGCGUGGUUGUAUUUUCUUUCCUUGAAAAGCAGACAAUUGUGAGGGAAAACAAUGUAAAAUGAUAUUAUUCUGCUAUUUUUCACUGCUAAAUUCUAAGAAGGUUUCAGGAAUAUGAGCAACAAAACCCGGUUGAGUGUGCAAUUCGCAAAUUUCAUAUACAAAUUUAUCCAGAAAAUUAGACUGUCUUAACUAAUCUUGUUCUAAUAAAACAACUACUAAUCACUAGACUACCAAAAAAGAAAAAAAUACUUGAGAAAAUACCUCUAAUUCGGAGUGUUGCAAAUUCAAUAUCUUUGCUUAUUGCUGCGAAUACGAGCAAUAAUGCGUGAUUUUGGGCGACUCAAGAGAGCAAAAUUGCUCGUUAAAAUCGACAUAAUUGAAUCUGACUGACUUUUCCACGCGUGUCUCCAAAUUUUACACUUCAGUGCAUAUUUACUACUCAGAAUAUCAUCUUUACAACUGGUUUUAUGCCUCUCACGAGAUCUGCCCUGAAGCCCCAGAAGUACGGAUAAAUGACACACAGAGUGAACAAAGCGAAUUUGUAUGAAAAGAAGCUCAUUUUGUAUUACAAAAGUCGAUUGCAAUUUUUACCUUUUGCAUACUUUAUUUGACUCACUUUCCAAUUUUUUUUUCAGCAAAAGCAGAGUAAUUGAGAGCUAAUUAUCAUCUUUCACGAUAUGAUUUAUAGAAAGCUAUUCUGAAAGUAACACAAAUGUGAUUUUCUGAAUUUUCAAUCUCAAUUUGAUUGCCAUUAUGAUAAUUUGGUUCCAAACUUAUGGAUUAAUCUAUGUAGAAGAUAGAGAAGAAAUCAGAUAGAGAAAAUAGUCUUCAGGGUUUUUUUUUAGGAGAACAUUUGAGUAAACUUUAAUAAAUUAUUGAUUGCUCACAACAUUCUCUAUCUACAGUCGAUUCUGGGAUAUGAAAAAAACAGCUUUAAAGGUGUGGGAAAACUAUUCAAUGGUGUUAUUUUUCUCCCUCAAAUUCUAUUGUCUUGAUUUUUAACACCAUUCCAAACGAUUCGCAGCAAAAUCUGUAAUUAGACUUAUGCAAAAUUCCAACACAAGGUUUCUAUUGCCGUAUUGAGAGCAACCUUUGCAAGUGUUGAAUUUGGACAACACACAAUUUACGAGGAAAAGUCAGGCAGGACAUAAAGGAAAAGCAGCAGCAAAUCGAAAGCGAGUAUUGAUUCAGCCGGGUUGCCUCAUUUCUCCUCCUCAAUUCAAUCUAGGGCUCAAUUUCAGUUGUGCUGAAAGAGUGUUUGAAAAGAUCAUUUUUUCAAUUUAUUCUUCCAACUUUAUUUUCCAUAGUUUCUAAAUACAUAAAUUAUUGGCUAGAUAUAUUUUUCCACGUUGUGAAAUAGAAAAUAGACAUGAAAGUGAAUUGCAUACAAGUAAAAUGUAAUUUUUAAAAUAACA